GCAUUAUAUCAGGACAUAUAGACACCUGGACCAACCUGGAGAGAACACAACAAGAUGAGGAUCCUGCUCAUUGUCAUCCUCCUCUCCUUCAUGACAGGUUGUUUGAGCUCCUUCAAAGUGACAGGAUACUCUGGAGGAACUGUCAUCAUCUACUGUAAAUAUUCACAUCAGCAUGACAACAAUCAAAAAUAUUUCAGUGAUGGCAACGGCAAGGAUAUAAUCAGAACUGGAUUGAAGAACAGCUGGCAGCACAGUGGUAGAUUCUCUCUGUAUGACAACACUGGGAGAAACUACUUCAAGGUGAUCAUCAGACAACUGACUAAACAAGAUGAAGAGACCUACUGGUGUGGAGUGGACAAACUGGUCUUUCCUGACAGUUACACCAAGGUAGAGCUGGAUGUGAAGAAGGAUGACUGCUGUGAGAAGUCAGUCACAGAUACGGUCUAUCUGGGAGGAGAAGCUACCAUCAGCUGCAACUAUCCAGAGGGCCGCGAGUACAGCACCAAGUAUUUCUGCAAGGAAAGCAAAGACUUCAAGACUUGUGUUUAUAUGAUCGCUGCUUACCAGAGAACUGCUAAAGCUGGGCGUUUCUCUGUAUCUGACAACAGAAGAGUGAAAUCCUACUCAGUGACCAUCAGUGACCUGACUGAAGAUGAUACUGGGACCUACUGGAACAAGAGUAACCACCCUGUCUUUACACACCUCAACAGGAACAAGAGUAACCACCCUGUCUUUACACACCUCAACAGGAACAAGAGUAACCACCCUGUCUUUACACACCUCAACAGGAACAAGAGUAACCACCCUGUCUUUACACACCUCAACAGGAACAAGAGUAACCACCCUGUCUUUAUACAACUCAACAGGAACAAGACAAAAAAAAUGGUUUUUAGUGGCUCCACCCAACACCACCGCCACAACAACAACAACAACAACAACAACAACAACAACAACUACAGCACUUCCAUCCUCAGCCACAACCGCCUUCAUCUCACCGUCACCAUCACCAUUAUCACCAUCACCACCGUCCACAUCAUCACUAUACAGAUCUGGUGA